UUUCCCCAUUUUUUGAUUCACUCAAGAAAAAUGGCACCUUCAAGACUCUCCCUUUCCCUCGCUCUGCUCCUCCUCGCCAUCUGGGGUUUCGGUCACGGCCACUCCGCCUCCUCCCGCUGCGCCCCUGCUCCGGCGGUGGACUGCUCGUCGUUGAUCCUGAACAUGGCGGACUGCUUGUCGUUUGUCUCCAACGAAAGCAAGGCCGAGAAGCCGGAAGGGAGUUGCUGCACUAGACUCAAGACUGUGCUCAAAGCUGACGCUGCUUGUCUCUGUGAGGCCUUCAAGAGCAGCGCCCAGUUGGGUGUCUUCUUGAACAUCACUAAGGCCAUGUCCCUCCCCGCCACUUGCAAAGUCUCCGCCCCCUCCGCCACCAACUGUGGAUUGUCUGUUUCUCCUGCUGGUGCUCCUGGUAUGUUCUUCUUCUUAACUAGUUAGUUUGCUCUUAGAUUUGUUUGUUUUGUUUUGUUUUGUUUUGUUUUUCUUUAGUGUGAAUCUAGUUCAGAAUAAAGUAUUGCAUUCAUUUGAUUUGUUUAAGGUAUUUUGCUUCUGGAGUUUGCCUGAUCUGUAGACUACAGGAUACUGUCUUCAAGAAAUUGCUGGAUUUGUUUUUUAAUUUUGAGUAUGAGACAGAAUAUUGCAAUGCUCUCACAACCCAUGUGGUCACUAAGCAGAUUU